AUGUUUUUAGUGGCUCCAAUAAAAGCUCUCUGCAGUCAACGUUUUGAUGACUGGAAAGAAAAAUUUGGGCCCAUUGGACUCAUCUGUAAGGAACUAACAGGAGACACCGCUAUGGAUGAUUUAUUUGAAAUACAGCAUGCUCACAUUAUUUUGACUACACCAGAAAAGUGGGAUAGCAUGACCAGAAAGUGGAGAGAUAACUCCUUAGUUCAGCUAGUAAGAUUGAUCCUCAUUGAUGAGGUUCAUGUUGUGAAAGAUGAGAGCCGAGGUGCUACACUUGAGGUUGUGGUCAGCCGGAUGAAGACUGUUCAAUCCUUUCUUUCAUGUGUCUCUGAGAGUUCUGACUCAGUGCAUUCAAUGAGAUUUGUGGCAGUUUCUGCAACAAUCCCAAAUGCAGAAGAUAUUGCGGAAUGGCUUUCAGAUGGCAAGGGGCCUGCUAUAUGUCUGAAGAUAGAUGAAAGAUACCGACCAGUGAAGCUUCGGAAAGUAGUGCUUGGAUUUCCCUGCAGUAGCAACCAAACAGAAUUCAAAUUUGACUUAACACUUAACUACAAAGUAGCUAGUGUUAUUCAAACGUAUUCUGAACAAAGGCCGACCCUUGUGUUCUGUGCCACGAGGAAAGGAGUACAGCAAGCUGCUUCUGUACUAGCUAAAGAUGCUAAAUUUAUUAUGAAUGUGGAACAGCUAGAAAGGUUGAAAAAGUGUACCAAGUUGGUAAAAGAAGCCAGACUGAGGGAGCUCUUGAUCUGUGGAAUAGCUUAUCAUCAUGCUGGAGUAGAGGUGUCUGAUAGAAAAAUCAUUGAAGCAGCUUUUAAUAUGGGAGACAUACCAGUUCUUUUUACUACCAGCACUCUUGCUAUGGGAGUUAAUUUACCAGCACACCUAGUAAUUAUAAAAUCAACAAUGCAUUAUGCUGGAGGAAUGUUUCAGGAGUACAGUGAAACUGAUAUUUUACAAAUGAUCGGAAGAGCAGGAAGACCUCAAUUUGAUACAACAGCCACAGCAGUUAUCAUGACAAGGCUAAGUACAAGAGAUAAAUAUGUUCAGAUGUUAAAUGGUACCGAUACAAUAGAAAGCAGCUUGCACAUGCAUCUUAUUGAACACUUAAAUGCUGAAAUAGUGUUGCACACCAUUACUGAUGUGAACAUAGCUUUAGAAUGGAUACGAUCAACCUUCCUUUAUAUCAGAGCUUUGAAGAAUCCAGCUUAUUAUGGAUUUUCAGCUGGACUAGACAGAAAUGGAAUUGAAGAAAAGUUGCAAGAAUUAUGUUUGAAGAACUUGAAUGAUUUAUCAUCAUUUGAUUUGAUCAAGAUGGAUGAAAAACUCUAUUUCAAGCCAACAGAGACUGGACGACUAAUGGCUUGGUAUUAUAUUGCCUUUGACACCAUGAAAAAGUGUUUCAUGAUUAAAGGAACUGAGACUUUAUCUGAUCUGAUCACAUUGAUAUCCAGCUGCAGUGAAUUUUCAGACAUCAAGUUAAGAACAAAUGAGAAAAAAACACUUAAUGCUUUGAAUAAAGACAAGAACAGGAUAACUAUAAGAUAUCCAAUGGAAGGGAAAAUAAGAACAAGAGAAAUGAAAGUGAACUGUCUCAUUCAGUCACAGCUAGGAUGCUUUCCCAUUCAAGAUUUCACUUUGACACAAGAUAUAGGCAAGAUUUUCAGAAGUGGUACAAGACUUACAAAAUGGUUGUCGGAAUUUCUGGCUUCUCGUGAAUACCACUUUUCAGCCUUAUUAAAUUCUUUGAUUUUAGCAAAGUGCUUCAAAUGUAGACUUUGGGAAAACUCAUUAUAUGUAUCUAUACAGCUUGAAAAAAUUGGUGUGAUGCUGUCAAGUGCAAUGAUGAACGCAGGCUUGACAUCAUUUAAAAAAAUUGAAGAUACGAAUCCAAGAGAACUUGAAAUGAUUCUGAAUAGGCAUCCUCCUUUUGGGAGUCAGAUUAAAGAAGUGGUAAUACAUCUUCCAAAAUAUGAACUCAACGUAGAGCAGCUGGGAAAUUACAGCAAAUCAGUAGCUGAAAUCCUAGUGACAGUCAUAUUAACCAACUUUGAACAGCUGCAGACAAAGAGAACCGCCCCAGAUUCUCACUAUGUAACCUUAAUAAUAGGAGAUGAUGAUAAUCAGGUGGUUUUUAAGCAAAAGAUCACGGAUUCUGCUUUGCUGAAAAUUGGAAAAUGGACUAAAAAGGUUGAAGUGAGAAGAGCUAUUAAGUCUGAGGAGCUUAGCAUAAAUCUCAUCAGCUCUGAAUAUGAAGGUACUGGUAGACAAGAGAUUGUCAACAGAACGCCUGCAAAUCGAAAGUGCAAUCAUCACUGCAAAAAUAAAGAUGGAUGCGGACAUGACUGUUGUAAAACUGGAGUUUUACAGAAAUAUGAUACGAAAAGAGAGACAGUGAUUUCUUCAUAUCUUACUGAUUUGAGAAACAGGAAUGCAGUAUCUACUGUUCCUCCAGUCAAACGAUUAAAGAUGCUGAUGUCAAAUCAAUCUCCAAAAGUGAAUCUUAAACAUUUUAGUUAUACUCCUAAAUCUUUUCUUCCAAGAUUGCCAAGGAUGGGGUAUGCACAAGAUUCAGGGUUCACUUUACCAGAAGAGAGAAAUAAGGCUGAUGUUCAUGAAAAAUUUCCACAGGAACCUGAAGGUUGCAGAUUGGAUGGUUUCUUUGUUGGCAAGCAGCCUGCAACUUUAAAUGAAAAAUUCCAUCAGACAAUGAUUUCAAACAACAAUCUCAAAGAUUCUUUUAUGAACAACUUGACAGAUGCAGAUAAAAGCAGUGCUUUGUUUUCAAACCCUUUGAAAGUGAACUUUGAAUUAGGAAAUGAGGUUUGGGAUGAUUACGAUGAUGGGAGUUUAGUCCAUGCAAGCACUUUUAUUGCUGAUAUGGAAACAACAAAAAAAUCAGAAUAUUCUCAUCUGGAAGCUAUAAACAUGCACAAAAACUCAAGAAAAGCUACCUCUUUCCCCCCAAAUACACCACAAAAACCAUUUAAAAGCUUUUCUGUAUUUAAAGAGAAACCUGAAUUCUGCAAACAGAAUUCUGAUUCCCCAACAUUGACUCCCUCAUCCAAUGUAAAUUAUCUUGCAGGACAUGGAUGUGAAAAUUUAGGCUUUCAAGAAGAAUACAAUCCUCCACCAGAGAUUAAAUGUCCACAGUUUACUACAUCCUCGGAAACAGCCUUGAGGUGUAACCAAGUCACAGCAAAGGGGGACUUUUUUAUCUGUAACAAAAGAAUGACAAAAGAGGCUGAUCUCAGGCAUCAGCUUUCUGAUGAUGAUAUUAAACCUUUUCUUGGAAUAUUUGAUGGCAUUUUCUAA